GCCGCGGAGGAGAUGGGGUUUGCACCAGCCUCUACGUUUCUCCUCCCGGCCCCGGUGCCACCGCCCCUCGCCGGGCCGCGGUGCCGGAUAGGCCGCGCAGUGUGAGCGCGGGCGCCGGCCCGCGGCACCUCGCCCCGGACUGGAGAAGAGGGCGCGGCGGGGCCGCGGCGGGGGGACUUCGCGAUCCGGGCGGCCCGCCCGUCCCCCGAUCGCACCAGCUCCGGCCGCCGCCGGGCCACGGCCGGGACGGAGCUCCCCGCGCGCCCCCCGGGGGCUGGCAGCUGCCGGGAGGAGGCGCGAGGCUCGGCCCCUUGGCUCCGAAGCUCCGCGCACCCGGGGGUGGCGGCGGCGGCAGCGGCAGCGGCGCGAUCUCGGGCACCUCGGCAGCCUCCGAGCCGAUGGCGGGCAGCGACGCGGACGGCGAGGGUCUGGCGAGGAGGGGCGGUGCGGCGCGGCAUUCCGGGGCCCCCGGCGGACGGGGAGGCGAGGCUGCCGCCAGCCGCCCCGAGCCGCUGUCCACUGCUGAAACGCCGGCCGAGGGCGCAGCGCUGCCCGCCUGGAUGCGCCUCUACUUCUACGGGAUGCACGGGAUCACCCUGGACGUGCUCCUGUCCUCGGCGUGGCGCUUCGUUCGCAGCCCGGACCUCCGGAUGCUGGGCUUCUCCUCGCCCUACCGCUGCCUCCUGCACUCGCUCACCCACUUUGCCCUGGAGAAGGUCUACCUGCAGCAACAGCGCUGUCCCAGCGCCUUCGUCUUCAAUUUCCUCCUCUACCCCUCGGCCCACGUGGGGCUGCAGACCCUAGCGGGCCAGGCGCUGCUGCUCAGCCUGGGCAGCCGGCCCGGGGGCGCAGCGGCGCCGGGAGCGCUGGACCUGGCGCUGCAGUAUGUACUGGCGCUCUACCACUGCCAAGUGUUCCUGAAGCGCUUCCUGCGCUUGCGGUACCAGAGGCGGCAGCAGCAGCAACAGCCACGGCGCGCGUCCCCCGCCCCGCCAGGCGCCCGGGGCCCCGCGGCAGGGGGUGGCCGCCGCCGGCGGCCUCGCGGGCCCAGGGGCGCCGGGGGAGCCCCCAGCCAGGGACUCCCGGACCUGAUCCUCUUUCUUUUCUUUGGAAUGCACGGCUUUUUGGAUGAGAUCUUCUUCACCUUCUUCUUUAACCUGCUGGGGCAGGGGGACGGGACAACCAGCGGCCACACGUCGCUCUGGUCCUUCUUUAUAUACGGCAGCUGCAGUUUCGUGGUAGACAAGCUCUACCUCCACCUCCGCUACAGUCGGGGCUGGGGCACCUGGAAGCGAGUGCCCAUCUACGUGAUCUUCAUCUACGCGUGGGAGUUACUGUGGGGUCUGGGACUCCGCACUUGGGGCGCUUGUUCCUGGGACUAUUCUCACUAUCCGCUCAAUUUCAUGGGCCUUAUCACUCUGAUGUAUUUACCUGGUUGGAUAUUUCUUAGCGUGUACCAGGACCUACUUUCUAACGUAUUGUGGCGGGUGCAUUACGUACCAACUAACUAAGACAAAAAAAAAAAAAAAAAAAAAAAGAAAAAGAAAAAGAAAAAAGGCACUGGAUUUCCCCUAAAUGAAUGCGUAUUUCUACACAUUUAAAACGGAGUAGUUUAUGGGUUUUUUUUUUAAGUCUUUUAAGUUUUAUAUCUUUUACUAAACUUUUCCAACCUAUUUUAUUUGACAUUUUAGUUUUAAAAACAUUUGGAACCUAUGCAUACUACUACAAUACUUUGAAAUAUCGCUAGAUAACUCGAAGUACUUAACUCGUCAAUAUUUUAAAACCCUCAGUAGCCCAAACUGCAAAACCAUCAUCCCUUAACAUCGGAAAACUGUAGUAUUCACUUAUUUGGACGUAGAGGGGGUGAUAAUCAUUAAUUUUUGUUUUUAAGUGAGAAAGUUCAACUCAGAGACCAAUGAUUUUUACAAGAUUUGGAGAAAUUUUCUGAUUUAAUGAUUUGUUUACUUUCUUUUUAAUCCAAUGUCAUUUUAAUUCCUUGCCAUUUUUUACCAAUGCCUGCUGAAACUCAGUGUCUUGUUCUCCUAAAGCUACAGUUAAUAUAUAGCUCUUAAAGUGCCUCUGUCUAGCACACAAAUGAAAAGAAACUGAAAAAUUUGAAAACACAUCAUAUGAGUCAAUUUUUAGAUAAGAAAUCUUUUCUAGCAAUUCAGACAGGUAACACUGUGUUAAGAUAUUCGAUCUUCAUCCUGGAAAUGACUGCUUUCCAAUGUGGGUUAGCCUUAACUGCCAAGUGUGUUCACUUUAAUCAGAUCCUGUGUUAUCUUCGACUGUAAAUUUUUGUUCCUGUGCAAUAAUAUAAAAUGUUUACCUUACAUGUACAAGGGCCAAUCAAAAUUAGACCACCCUCAUAGCGUUCUAACUGUAAGCAGUCUUUUCUACAGUUCAAGAGUAGAAACAGUUCCAUGGAAUAAAAUGAACUGGAAUGUUCACCCCAAUUGCAUUAGCCCUAAAUUGUUUUCUGGGAAUACAGAUAAAUGUUUUCAGGCAAUUUCUGCCAUGGUUCACUUGUAAACAUUUUUCUAUUUCCUUUGGGACCACACAGAGUUCAUGGGCCAAGCCCAAUGUGUCAAUGUGCAUUAUAAAUCAAAGAUAGCUUUUUGGUGACUCUUUAUUAAUGUCUGGAAGCUCCAAAGUUAAAUGAGAUCAUGUAAACCAUUUUAAGA